CCGGCCGAGAGUGUGUGCAACCCCGUUUUCGGUGUGGGUGAACCACAAGUUCACUGCCUAAACGGGGUAUCACAUCACACCACGAGAGGCUGCUGUUGACGUCGAGGUUACCACCACAUGUGAGUUUCUCCUGCUUCUCCUGCUUCUCCUGCCGCUUGACGCGUCUAUAACCCUCUUUGUUCCUUCGUUCUUCUUUCUUCUUUUAUCGUUUACGUUUGCUAUUAUAGCAGACAUAAACAACCUCAUCUCUCUGUCUCACUCUCUCCCUCCCUCAAAUUUCAUAAAAGAGCCACUGAGGUGGACUCAUCCUUGAUAUCAUACCUGACUAUCCUGCGCAUAACCUCACUGCCAGGAUGAGCUACUUCCGCGCACCAGUGAGUGCGUCGUGGAGAGCAGCAUCGUCGCAAAGACAGAAUUUCAUGCUCUCAAACAGAGCUCUCAUCUCCUCUCCACUUCUACUCAGAGGGGCUGGAUCGAUUUCAUCACGUGGAGUUGCAACGACAACAACAGCCGCCAAUACCAGUCGCUUUGGAAAGCGAGCCCGUAUUAUUCUCAUCGCGGUCUCCGCUUCUGUCUCUAUCGGCCUGUCCAUGUACACUGGAGGCAAGGAUACAACUCGAUCGAGCUUGGUCUCCUCAGACAAGAAUCCAAACACAGCAGUUUCCGCCGUCUCGGGAAAGCAAGCAACUCGCCAAAAUGAUGGAAAACAAAAACCUGUAAUGACAUUGGAGCCAGUCUCAUCGCAGCCUUCCAUCUCCUUCGUGCGACCAGGAGAAGUUACAGAUGAGCACUUGAAGAUCUACGAUGCCAUUGAGGACGGGGACCUCGAUAUAUCGAAACUGCCAAGAGAGAACGCGGUUCUCACAGCCGCCCCAUUUGUCCCUCCGCCCAUCACUCGCGACUACCCCGUUCUCCUCCAAGUGCCAAUGGUGACGACGACCAAAGAAACACAGCUGACGAGCCAGUUCAAGUACGAGCAGUGGACCUUCAACGACAUGGUUCCGGGACCAUUUAUCCGAGCACGAGUUGGUGAUGUGGUGGAGCUGUCGUUGACGAACAAGGACGAGUCGGGAAAUCCACACAACAUCGACUGUCACGCCUUUACUGGUCCCGGGGGUGGCGCCGCACUGACGACUGCCGAAGAGAACCAGACCAAGACGGCGAACUUCAAGCUCCUAACCCCAGGAAUAUACCUAUACCACUGCGCCGCGGCCCCAGUGCCCGUGCACAUCGCGAACGGCAUGUACGGUCUCAUCUACGUCCAACCAGCCGAAGGAGAUCUCCCACCCGUCGACCGCGAAUACUACGUCAUGCAGAGCGAAUUCUACUACGAGCCCCCGGAGGUUCUCGAGAACGGACGCAAAUCGGAUACUGUCGAAUUCUCAUACCCAAAUGCCAUGCGCGAGGAGCCUGAUAUUGUUGUCUUCAACGGCCGCGAGUCAGCGAUGACGCGUGAUGCACCGCUCAAGGCGGAGGUCGGCGAAUCUGUUCGUAUUUUCUUCGGUAACGCGGGUCCUAAUCUCACGAGCUCGUUUCAUGUCAUCGGAGGCAACUUCAGGAAAGUGUAUCGUGAUGGCGACGUCCUCAGCCCGCCGGCGAACUUUGUGCAGACUAUCAGCGUUCCACCAGGCUCUGCGUCGAUCGUGGAUAUGAAGAUGGCCGUUCCCGGGACAUAUGCGUUGGUGGACCAUGCGAUAUUCCGGUUGGACAAGGGUGCGGUUGGGUAUUUGAAUGUUUCGGGGCAGCAGAAGACUGAGAUUACGACGAGUAAGGAGCAUGCGGAGCCGUGCGUGGGAUGCAAGUUACACCCAUAAGUUACCGGGGAGGGCAUUCUGAUGAAGUUCACGAUUCAUUUCGUUUUCUUUGCUUUUUGUGAUUGUGCUUUUCCAGCGGCAUUCCCUUUGUUUUUGCAAACUCGCGUCAUGGUGUGUGGUCGGUUGCUUGCACUAGAAAUAGUGGAUAUUGCUUUUCUAUUCGAGACACAACUAUCAAUCUUGAUGGAUAGAUCAAGGCGAAAUAGAUUUUUUUCCGAUGGACUCAUUGAAAUUUAAUCUAUGCUCAUGUUUGCCAACUCAUAAUUGCACGCCCUACUCCUGCCGCAUUCCUAUCCUUACGUCAUUGCCGUUGGUCCUAUUUAACGAAUCAGCAUUGUUAGAGGUUGUAAUACGGCGAUUUAAUAUAACCCACAGUAUCAAAAUAAAUACAUCCACAAAAAAACGAUUCCCAGGACAGCCGAGAAAGCCAUUAUAUAACGUGUUCUAAACCGUCUCAAAUGUCCAACGAACGCCCGAUAGUCCUCAGCCCGUCUUUUCUGCGCAAAUUCGUCGGUGGCUUUUGCCAUUUCUUUUUCAAGUUCGUAUUCGUAGGCAAGGUUUUCUCGAAAGACGUCUGCCACGGCUUUGACGCGGCGGUCAAGGGCGGCUUUGGCGUUGGCGGCUUCGAGUUGAUCGGGUGGAAUGGAGGGAGCUUGUGGUGGUGGAUUUGCGGGGCCUCCUUUCGUUUUGCUAUUCAUCAUGGCUAUAGAUGACAUUUUGAGUUUUGAGUUUUGAGUGUUGAGAUUUGAUGUUGUGGGAGGAAUGUGCGACUUGCGUGUGUUCGGAGGGAUCAUACGUCUCGCUAGGUUUGUUUUCUAACAUCUGAUAAAAUUCUGGUCUGAUGAGACCCUUACUUAAGG